AUGUUUUUCAAAUAUGUAUCAAUAGUAAAUGCAAAGGCUAUAACAUGUUUUGCGUGCUAUACUAAAUUUGCGUAUUUUGAAAAUAUAUAUUUCAAAAACAUAACAAAUAAUCGCAAUGCUUAUUUUGUUUCAACACAGUAUAUAGAAGUUAAGAAUAUCUUCUCAGAUAAUUUGUUUGCAAUUCUAGGAAAUUACUCGGCACAAGCAAUAUCGACAAAUUAUACAGAAAUUGUUCCAUUUUCAGGAUAUUAUGAAGAAGCAGUACUCAAUUAUCUCAAAGAAGAAACAUAUAUUGAUACUAAUAAAUAUCAAUCAGAACCAAUCAUCGUCCAAGAUAUAAAAGGAGAAUUUAAACUCGAUAAAGUUAUCUUUUGCAACAUCACAUCUUCAAAUAAUGGCGGUUCCAUCUCAAUCUGCUGUUUCUCAUCCAAUAUUUGCAUUACUAACUGUGAAUUUGAUCAAUGCGUUACAAAUACUUAUACCAAGAAAACAUGCGGUGGCGCUAUCUACAUUAUUGGACAUAAAACGUUUACUAGCAUCACUAAUGUCAUUGGUGAAAAUUGCUUUGCCGGUCGAGGCCAUUUCUGCGAUAUCUACUCUAACUAUCCUACUAGUAUUACUAAGGCAACAAUCAUUAAAUGCACACCAUAUUCCCAUUUCUCAGAAUCAACUACAAAUUACAUUUACUAUGACAACAUUUUCAAUUCAUGCAACAUCAGUAAUAACUGCAUGGGUGAAAACAUGCAUUUUUCAGAUUUUUCAAGCAAAUUCACAGACUGUGUCAUUGCUUCAAACACGUUAAUUCAAGGAAUAUCAUAUAUCAAGAGUUCAUCACUCUCUUUGACAAGUUGCAUUGUUUAUAAAAAUUCAUAUGAUGACGAUAACGAAUCAACAGUUUCUACAUUUGAAUAUGACAAUUUAGAACUUCACGAUUGUUAUCUUCUUAUUGAACAAUCAUUCAACUUUUCCGAUUCUAAUGUUACAAAUUGUUCUAUCAACAAUGAAACAAUUGAUUUUGUUCACAAUCUUGCUAUUUCGAAACAAAUUGGCUGUGAUACUAAAUUGAUUCAUAUCACAAUUUCUAAAUUCACAACAUGGAAGAUCAUUGUGAUUGUUCUUAGUGUCCUUGUCUUUAUUGCAAUUAUUACUAUUUCCAUUGCAAUAUAUCAUCAAUGUAAAUUAAAACGCUUGGAAAAAAGAAAUAACCUAAGUACUCUACUAGAUGGAGAUUUCGGCUAA